AAAAAUAAAUACAACUGACAAAAGGUUAAGGACCACCUUAAAGUAAAACAAGACAGGAAUAUUUGGUCAUUUAAGUAAUAGAUAUUUUUUAAUUGAGGAUUUCGAAAAAUAUAGGAGUCCAUUAGAUGAUCUGGUCAGGAAAAGGAUGAGGAUUACAGACAAGAGUAGUGAUAACCAUCGUCAUGUGUAUCCCUCUCUCACUUGGAGAGAGAGAGAGAAAUGGGGUUUAACGUCCACUCGACUAACAUAUGGUUCAAUUUUAUUUCCAUAAUUCGCUUGCGCGUAGGGAUCUUUAGCUGUGGGAGGAAACCGGAGGACCCGGAGGAAACCCACGAGGUUGGACAGGCGACCCUACUCCUUGUCACGUACAACCGGGGAUUCGAAACCACGCCAGUUGACUCAAUGACAGACUUUAUGAUACAGCGCGCGCACGCUAACCAUUCAGCCAUCCAACCCCCCCCCCUCUCUCACUUGGAUCACGUCCUCAACACCUCUUGUUUGAUUAGUACCAUGGUACCAAAGGAACCUGACACUAUUCUUCUUGGAGUGGCAAGACUUAUGCUGGAAGUAUUUUGUGAUGGAUAUUACAUGGUUCCAAAUAAAAACCAUCUGAAUUUAUUGUUGAUGGUUAAAUAUCAAACAGACCUCAUUUUAAACGGUGAGAAGAAAUGGGAAACAUUACCAGGCUGCCAGACACGCCCCAUUGAUAACAAAGGUCUGCCUGCUGCCGCUGUACACAAAACACCCAACCCAGAACCAAUCGAUGCCACAAAAUUGCCGCUAGCAGAAAAAAUUCGACGACUUUCAAUGUUUUUACGAAGUGAAAAAAAAGUAAUCAAUGAAAUUAUGUUGUUUGAGAAUUCUCUGAUGAGUUGUAAAGUUGGAAUUAGACCAGAUUUUUUGAUCGAUGGCAUGGUACAAGGAAAGAACGGAUCCUUUUUCACUGGCCGACUUAAUCUGGGUGGUGUGUUCCUAGCCAGAGCUAUCGGCAUCAACAAGAAAGAAAUCAAACUGUCAUGUUUCAAGAAGGCGGUGGAACUUUAUCGUACCCUUCCUGUCACUGAAAUUUUGAACCAGGAUGAUAUGACCCCAAAAGUUAUCAAGGAGAAACUGGAGAAUUUUAACUCGACCGUUGCUAAGAUGGAGAAAGAAACAAUUGCAGAGUUACCCCCACCAUCUAUUUUGAAACAGAUCCAAGAUAUUCUAACCAAUCCUAAAUAUGCUUCAACCAAUUCAGUCAGCAAAAUGGAGUUGGCGGCCUCUGUGGCUAAAUGUCGAGUCCGUUGUCGAUAUGAUGUAGAGAGUUGUAAAGCUGAAUCAGGGAAAGUUUAUCAUAAGGGAAUGUACUUUAUUGACAACAUACUACAAGGUGCAGGUGUUUCAGUUUCCAAAAAAACUGCUAAGUCAUUGUGUUAUAAUAUGGUGGUUGAACGACUGACCACCAUGAAUGUUGAACAUGGCAACAUCUUAGAUGGUGUCGAACAGUCUGUCAUAACAGAAGCAGAAGCACAGGUUCAGAGCACUUUGGUAAAGGCAGCACCAAAUCCUAGGGCAUUUGAUCUCCGUGAACAGUUUGUCAAAAUGAACGAACUUAGCAGUGCCACGCAUCCUGCAUCCAUCAUUACUGUCUUGGAUGGAAUUUUCAACGAUGUAAAAUUGACGCCCAUUUGUCUGUACCGUCGUAGCAUGAACACAGAAAUAGAAAAGGAGAAAAUUUUCUGUAACCUCUAUCUAGCUGGUCAUCUCAUCAUGAUUGGUGAAGCAGAGAACCGAACAGAUGCCCAAGCAGACGCUUACUCUAAAGCCCGAUAG